AUGUUUCCCAAGACUUCUGGCUACCUUCCAUUCCUAUUAUUCCAGGCCACCGCCAUCCUCGCGGAGCCUCGGACUCCGUAUCCUUCUACGAAUCAAACUCAGGGUAUCCAGUGGAGCCCAUGUGGCUUCGAGAUCGAAACCUUGCCCAUGCUCUGCGGAUCCCUGUCCGUUCCGUUGGACUAUCUCGCGUCCAACUCUACUGAAAUGCUCGAGCUUAAACUUGCCAAGGCGGUUGCCACAAAGUCGCCCUCAAGAGGAAGCAUCUUGUUCAAUUUUGGCGGCCCUGGAUCAGGUGGUCGCGCGGAACUGAGCUCUGUCGCUGCACAGAUGAAUGCAUACACUGGCGGCUAUCAUGAUCUCAUAGCAUUUGAUCCGAGAGGAACCGUGGAUACCAUCCCGUUCUCAUGCUUCGGCGACGACACGGAGAAGCUCCUUUGGCAAUUGACCAACCGCCUCAUCGCCGGCAACGCCUCGGACACAGCACUCGGAGAUCUGUGGGCGAUUUCCAAAAGCUACGCCGAUACCUGCCAAAACAACACCAACGCCACCGGCAUUGGAGGCGUCAUCGGGACGGCUUACACUGCCAGAGAUCUCAUCUCGGUUGUCGAUGCUCUUGGCGAGGAUGGGCUGCUGAGGUUCUGGGGUUUCUCGUACGGCUCGCCGCUUGGGGCAACUGUCGCCGCCAUGUUCCCCGAAAGAGUCGACAGAGUCAUCAUAGACGGCGUGCUUAACAUCCACCAGUACUGGCACUAUCACGACACCGAAAUGUGGGAGGGCACCGACAGGACCUUUUCGGCCUUUCUGGAGGCUUGUGUCGAAGCAGGCGACAAAUGCGCAUUGAAUCGUCCCAACGCCACCGCUUCAAGCCUCGAGGACGGCUUCUACGCGUGGUUGGAAGAUGUCAAGUAUCACCCCAUCUCGCUACCGGAUUACUCGAUCGACUACAGCGCUUUGAGAGGGUCGGUAGUCGGAGCGCUCUACAACCCGCGAGUCUACUCUGACCUGGCCGAGCUCAUCGACGGCAUGAUGACCGGAAACGUGACGGACCCGGGCUGGCAGACCAUGGUGCUCGGGCUCACGUCAACCGAGGCGAGAAUCGGCAUCCUGUGCGGCGACAAGGCAACGCGGUCUUCGCGCAUGGAGGAGACGCUCCCCGCAAUCGACGAGCAGAUGCGGCUGAGCCGGCUCGGAGGCGACGUCUUCAGCUCCACCGUCAUGCAGUGCGCCAGAUGGCAGAUGGAUGCCAAAGAGCGAUACCUGGGCGACUUCAACGUCCAGACACGGACGCCCAUUCUCACCAUCGGCAACACGUACGAUCCGGUGACGCCGUUCGCGUCUGCGCUCAACGCCAGCAAGAGCUUCCCGGGCGCUGUGGCUCUCGAGCACCACGGCUUCGGUCACGCCUCGAUAGCCCAAGCGUCCAUCUGUACAGUCAAGGCGGUUCAGGCUUACUUUUUGAACGGCACACUGCCUGAGCCUGGUACCGUAUGCGAGGUAGAUCAGCCUCUGUUCUCGAAUGUGACCUGGAAGGACGUCAUCCCUACUGACCUUGUCUGA